UCAAAGAAAGUUUAUUAGCUAUGCCGCUGCUUUCAUACCUUCUCCAAUGCGUGCUCUUCAAGUUUUUUUUUUUUUUUUUUCGUGGUUUAUUCAAUUUGAUUGCAUUGGUUGAUGCUGGUGGUUUCUUCAUAUGGAUCUAUAAAAGGAUUGGUUUUUGUUCUAAAGAAUCUGAUCGAUGGCUACUGCUAAUGGAAAUGGAGUCACAACAAAGCCUCCCCCAUCUUCAUCACCUUUGAGAUAUUCUAAGUAUUGUCAGUCUAAUUUGCGCAUUCUGGUGACUGGAGGAGCUGGUUUUAUUGGAUCUCAUCUGGUGGAUAAAUUGAUGGAAAAUGAAAAGAAUGAGGUAAUAGUCGUCGAUAACUUCUUUACUGGUUCGAAGGACAACCUUAGGAGGUGGAUUGGUCAUCCGAGAUUUGAGCUCAUUCGACAUGAUGUCACAGAAACAUUUCUUGCAGAGGUUGAUCGGAUUUAUCAUCUUGCUUGCCCUGCUUCUCCCAUUUUCUACAAGCAUAACCCUGUGAAGACGAUAAAAACAAACGUGAUUGGAACAUUAAACAUGUUGGGCCUGGCUAAGAGGGUUGGAGCAAGGAUUUUGCUGACAUCCACUUCAGAAGUUUAUGGCGAUCCUCUUGAGCAUCCUCAAACGGAGGAAUAUUGGGGCAAUGUUAACCCAAUUGGUGUUAGAAGUUGCUAUGAUGAAGGGAAACGUGUGGCAGAAACUCUAAUGUUUGAUUAUCAUAGACAACAUGGGAUUGAAAUCCGAAUUGCUCGAAUUUUUAACACAUACGGUCCUCGCAUGAACAUAGACGACGGUCGUGUUGUCAGCAACUUUAUUGCUCAGGCAUUGAGAGGGGAACCGCUAACAGUUCAAUUACCUGGUACUCAAACUCGAAGUUUCUGUUAUGUUUCUGAUAUGGUUGAUGGUCUCAUCCGAUUGAUGGAAGGAGAUAAUAUUGGUCCUAUCAACAUAGGAAAUCCAGGUGAAUUCACAAUGAUAGAACUAGCUGAAACUGUGAAAGAGUUAAUUAAUCCGGAAGUGACUGUGAAGAGAGUGGAGAAUACUCCUGAUGACCCUCGCCAGAGGAAACCGGACAUUACCAAGGCGAAGACAUUACUGGGAUGGGAGCCUAAGGUCAGUUUACGCCAAGGCCUUCCUCUAAUGGAAGAGGACUUCAGGCAGAGGCUGGGCUUGUCGGAGAACAAGGCUGAAGCAAAAGUCUAAGCAUCAAAAUCUUCUUUACUGGCUACAAAUGAAAUGAGAUUGAGUUUUAUUCUACAAAUAUAAUACUUGUUUUCUUAUGUUAACGGUAUAUGAGUUUUACAGUUUGAAAUAUGUUUGGGAACGGGAUUUUUUUUUUU